GUUAUGGUGGGUUUGGGGGGGGCUGCUGUGGGUCCCCAUUGAACCUUCCUCCCCCCGCAGUAUUCCUCAGCACAGAGCGACCCCACAGCCCUGCAGCAGCAGCAGCCCUAUUACCAAUGGUACCAGCCCUACAGCUACUCCUACCCCUACAACUACUACUACCCCAUGGACCCCCAGCAAAACGUCUAUUCGGGGUACGGGGCUGCAGCCCCAUAUGGCACCACGGGCACUUAUGGGGCUGCCCCCCAGCAGCCCCCCACCCCCGGGCAGCAGAGCGGCCUCAGCCAGCCUCCAGUCCCGGGUCUGGACGAUGCCGCCCCCUACAACAGCUCCCAGCCCCAAAUGCCCCCCAGCGCCGCCCCCCCCCAGCCCCCCCAGCCUCACCCCAUGGGCACGGGGGGGGCUCAGCCCCAAGGGGGUGGGGGGGGCCCUCAGCCCAGCCCCACUGCUGCCUACCCCCCCCACUCCUACACCGAGAGCCCCGGCCCCAAACCCAAGAAGGGGCAGCAGCUGUGGAACAGGAUGAAGCGUGAGUAAUGGGGCGGGUUUGGGGUGGGCU